GUCGCAACACGCUUACGCUUACUAGAAUGCACAUAGGCGCAUGUCUAUGGUCUCUUCAUAUGGGGUGAAUAUACGACGCUCUCAUAAUCGUGUAGAGGGGCAUCCGAAUAACAACACAAGCCGCUACCAUUCCAUUAAUAUCGAUGAGAAACAAGAAUAUAGGGAAUUCUACAAUUCUAAUGUGCUUUCAGAACUGUGACGCGAGUAGUGUGGAAAGGGUCUAUAUACAGAGUCUCACCUCCUGAACUUACAUGUCAUGGAGCUAGGUCAUUCCUCAUUACCAGUUGGAAUAGGAGCUUCGCUUCAAACAUUGGGGCUUCGCAAUACUCAAGACGAUACCCCCUGCUCUCGUUUGAUAGGGGAGGUUUCUACUACUAUUAACAAUCAUAAAGGGGGAAAGACUCCUUUGAUUGGAGCUCAGCCAGCUGUAAAAGUUCUAUUAAGCACCGGGGAUGUGAUUAUCGAAUACGUUCCCCCAGACAGCUCUCCUCCUGUUUCUCCUGAAAACGCUAGUCACCGUUGGCAGGUCUUAAGUGACGAUCUUAUGAGGAACAGUCCCUACUUUCGGGCCUUGUUUGACCCUGAUAAAUUUUCUGAAGGCAGGGAUUUCAUCCAACAGAAGGCCAAGUGGAGUCAGGGUACCACUGCUGAGGGCGGAGAAUCUUUAUCUGAUGGUAUCUCGAUCCAGUAUACCUUGCCAACGGUCAGGCUGCCGGUGGAUCAUCUCCCACAAAAGCUCGGGGUAGAUGCUAUUGAACUGUUCCUUCGAGUGCUAUCGUUCAACUCAUUUGAUGAAGCAGAGAAAGCCAAGCUCGACGGGGAGCUCAGAGUUCAACCUACAUCAUUAGUUGCUAGGUUGGUAGAGUUAUCUGAUGCCUUCAACUCUCCUUAUGCCAUCCGGGAUGCUUUGAAAAGGUCCAGGUAUGCUUUUGGGAAAGGAAAAGUCCCCCUGUUGAGGUUCGAUUCCUCGGUACUGAGAUUGAGUGAGGACCGUAUUCGGCAAACGAUCUUCAUAGCGAGGUUUCUUAAUGAGUAUACCAUUUUCCAAAUAUGGACGCAUGCGCUGAUCCUUACUGGGUCAAAGUUUUGGGUAAAUGGUGUGGAACCACCUACUUCAGCUACCGUCCGCUGGCGGUAUUUUUCCGAUGGUCUAGAAGAAGAAUUAUACUAUAGACGACAAUGCGUUUUGAAUACCAUUACGGAUCUCCAAGCGUACUUUCUCCGCGCUUUCGGCGCAUUGGAGGAACCAGAGGGCCCUAAGUCGAUCACUGCAUCGGUCGCAGCAACUGCCGUCCAAUCUCGACAGUAUCAAUGCCGGUGUGGAUUUGGCAAUUCCAGUGCCUGUGAUUCCUUUCACCUAGGUCAAAUGACUCGCUUUUUCACACUGCGCACGAAGACAAUAUUUUUAGGAUCUACCUUAAUAGAUCCAGAUCUAGGCUUCGACUCUGAAGACGAGGACACAUCAGAACGACCCCAGCCCGCUGGGGCACCAAGUGACGUAACUGCAAUCAUCUCCUCGCUCAAACAGUGUCCUGAUUAUCAGAUCGAUACAAAUCACAAUGGUUGCGGCGUGCGACGCCGAUUCCUUCCACCUUUAGAUUGUAUAGAGCGGUUUGUGGGCGACAGUAGAGGCUUACUAGGUAUUGAGCUACAAGACUGGGAUAACAAAAAUUGGCCGUCUUCCUCCGGCUCGUGGGCAAAUCGGUCACUUCAAAGAGCCCGUGUCAUCGAUAUACAUCUGUCCAGGAUCAGUUCUGUGCCAGCCAUGUCUUCGGGCUUAUCACGGUCCUCUUCCCAGGAAGAAAAUGCUCGUUUACUUUUUACAGCGAAGAAGAGAAACUGGGAAGCUUGAUCUGAACAUUAGUCUCGGGUGUUGCGUCCUUGAGGUUUAUUAUUAUGGUGCCAUUCUGUCUGCCUGUGUGGUUUUGUUGUUAUGAAGACAUGAUGGUUGGUAAAUACUGGCAUAGACUAUGUCGAGUUUGUAUAGGCAAUCUUGCAUAUCUCCUUAGGGCGUUACUUCUACUAUUGGGUGUAUAAAAGCAUGAAGGAUGUAUUUAUGUCGCUUUGGCGACCAACAGACUUGACACUUCUAGUGUUCGAAGGAAGUGAUGGACAGUCAAUUGAUAUACCAGGAAGAUAAAGGGAAACAUGCUUUUCUCUGACAUCAUUACAGGUAGUGCCUUGCGGCAACAAUUGUCUUCACCAUACAACAAGUAAAAACUACUUUUCAAGAUAUUCUGAGGCUGGAGAAAGCAUCAACGCUUCCCACAAUCAAGGGACCGGGAUCGAAUGCAGUACAUUGGACAUCACAAAGAGAUCGGGGACCUUACCCUUCCCGGGAACAAGGCCUUGAUCUAGUCGGCUGGUCAGGAGAUGUUCUCAUACAGCAGGUUAUACGUGCUCUGAUCUCCUUAGUCCUUUCUUCGUUUUCCCUGCCUUGUCAUUAUCUUCUUGCUCUUUUGUCUGUGCUCCAUCCACUUGAGGAAAAAGCUGUAUGAU